GGGUGCGUUCGAUGAGGGGUCGAGGUGUACAAUCUAUCUGGACAUGUUUUCAGUGGACGCAGAGUUUGAACGAAUGGUUCCUGUUUCGUUAAUCUUCAUUAUAUUUAUUUUGUUCGUACUAAGUAAUUUUUUGUUGUUGUACAUGAUUCCGGUAAACAUAUACAACCGCUCGCCUCUGACUUUGCGAAGGGGGACGUAAAUAAAGUGGAAAUUGGAAUUCACCUUGUUUAUUCCUUCACAGGGCUCUGGACGUCGCUAUGUGAUUGGCGUUGGUGCUAAUGACGACACGACAGACUUCGGUAUCUGCAGUUCCAGUUGGUUCUGAUCACAUUGUGGGAACACGGGGCAACAGAUGAGGACACUGAUUUACUUCUGCAAAAAACACUUUGGCUUACAUGGAAAAGGCUGAGGCUUGUUUCAGUGAUGAUCUCAAGACAAAUCAGGUGUUUUAUGCCAAAGCACCUGAAGUACCAUGUCAAGAAGAGUUUCCUUGCAGAGAUUCUGCCAACUCUAACCUGCGGAUACUAGAAGAAGAUGAAAAAGUGUUCAAGGGGAAGUACCACCAAAGCCUCCACCUAUUCAAACCCUUCCGAACAACACACAAGCACAAGCAUCCAAUUGACAACUCAGGCCUAUUCUCUUUCAUGACAUUGAACUGGCUUUCUCCUUUAGCAUGGAAGGCCUACAAGUAUUCGCAGCUGGAAAUGACAGACCUUUGGAAUUUGUCCACCAAUGAAUCCUCUGAAUUAAAUUCUCGACGAUUUGAGAAGCUAUGGCAAGAUGAACUGAAGAAGCAUGGGCGAGAGAAGGCCUCACUGGGACGAGUAGCAUGGCGGUUCUGUCAAACACGUGCUUUCAUCGCUGUUGGUUGUCUGAUGAUCACAAUGCUAGCUAGCUUUAUUGGUCCUGCCCUUGUCAUAAGGAAACUGUUAGAGUAUGCCCAGGCCCCGCAGUCAAAUCUCCAAUAUGGGCUGCUCUUAGUGUUGGGCAUUUUUACGGCAGAGUUGGUACGUUCAUGGUCAUUUGCUCUGACCUGGGCUUUAAACUAUCGAACUGGAACUCGACUCCGUGGAGCAUUACUUACUUUGGCCUUUGAGAAAAUACUUAAACUACGAAACACAAAAGACGUGUCAGUUGGAGAAUUGGUGAACAUCUGCUCAAAUGAUGGACAACGUCUUUUUGAAGUGGCCUCUGUUGGUUCCAUGUUGACAGGAGGUCCCCUUGUCGCCAUACUUGGAAUCAUCUACACUGCAUUAUUCCUUGGACCAACUGCCUUACUGGGAUCAGCUGUUUUCAUUCUUAUCUACCCGUUGCUGAUGUUCAUGUCUAGGCUGACAACUUAUUUCAGAAAGCAAUGCAUUGUAAUCACUGACAGACGUGUGCGGCUGAUGAAUGAAAUUUUAAACUACAUCAGGUUUAUCAAGAUGUACACCUGGGAAAAAUUGUUUGCCGAAAAGGUUCACCUGAUCAGAAGCAGAGAGAGACAUUUUCUGGAGAAAGCAGGCUAUGUGCAGAGCAUCACAGUUGGAGUUGCUCCAAUUGUGGUUGUAGUAUCCAGUAGCUGCACAUUCACACUUCACAUGGCAAUGGGAUAUGAUCUCACUGCAGCUGAGGCAUUUACAAUUGUUGCAGUAUUUAAUGCAAUGACUUUUGCCCUGAAGAUCACACCCAUAUCUGUAAAAGCCCUGUCUGAGGCAUCUGUUGCUGUGAGCAGAUUUAAGGGUAAACUGGUGGGAAUUUGUGGCAGUGUGGGAAGUGGAAAAAGCUCCCUGAUAUCAGCUAUCUUGGGCCAGCUCAUACUACUUGAAGGGACUGUUGCAGUGAGAGGCACUUUUGCUUAUGUAGCCCAACAGGCAUGGCUCCUUAAUGCUCCAUUGCGUGAUAAUAUCUUGUUUGGCAAAAAUUACGAGGAAGAAAGGUAUAAUAAUGUGCUGGAGGCUUGUUGUUUGUAUCCUGACAUUGAAGCCCUACCAUGCGGAGACAUGACUGAGAUUGGAGAACGUGGUGCCAACCUCAGCGGAGGACAACGGCAGCGGAUUAGUCUUGCUCGUGCUCUGUACAGUGAUCGAGAUACAUUUUUGCUGGAUGAUCCUCUCAGUGCUGUAGAUGCACAUGUUGGAGCUCAUAUGUUUAUCCAUGCUAUUAAAUCUGGAAUGAAGGGAAAGACUGUUCUCUUUGUAACCCACCAGCUUCAGUAUCUUGUAGACUGUGAUGAAGUGCUAUUCAUGAGGGAUGGAUGUAUUGCAGAACAAGGAACACAUGAGGAACUGAUGACUCUUAAUGAAGACUAUGCUGCCCUCUUUAACAGCAUGCAGCAAGCUACCAGCUUAUGCAAGCUGAAGAAAAGGCUGGUGGUUCUGUGUCCUGGUCAACCUAUGGAAUUUACAUCAAGGCUGCAGGAGAAUACACCUGUAACUAAAGGUAAUACAACCUACAUCAGCAACAGCAUGAGAGACCAUCCGAAACAGAACUUUUAUACUUCCGUCUAUGCUCUAUCCAUGGUGGCUGUACUACUUUUCAAGGCACUCCGUGGUUACACAUUUGUUAAGUGCACACUUAGGGCCUCCUCCAAGCUGCAUGAUUCUCUUUUUAAGAAAAUUCUGAGGAGCCCAAUGCAUUUCUUCGACACGACGCCUCUGGGUCGCAUUCUAAAUAGAUUUGCUAAGGAUAUGGAUGAAGUGGAUGUGCGACUGACCACACAGACUGAGAUGUUGAUCCAGAAUAUCAUUCUUAUACUGUUCUGUCUUGGUGUCGUCAGUUCUGUCUUUCCAUGGUUCCUCAUUUCAGUGUUACCACUCAGUAUUAUCUUCAUGGUAGUCAACAGAAUAUCAAGGGUUUUAGUUCGCGAGCUUAAGCGUAUGGACAGUAUCAGUCAGUCACCGUUUACAUCCCACAUCACCUCCAGUGUCCAGGGUUUAGCCACUAUCCAUGCUUAUGACAAAGAAAGUGAGUUCCUGCAAAGGUAUCAGGAGCUCCUAGAUUCCAAUCAAGGUCCCCAUUUUCUGUUCAGCUGCGGCAUGCGCUGGCUGGCUGUUCGCCUUGAUCUUAUAAGCAUCAUACUUAUCACCGUCGUGUCAGCAAUGAUGGUUUUCAUGCAUGGAAAAAUUCCGCCAGCUUACGCAGGCCUUGCCAUCUCUCAUGCAGUCCAGCUGACAGGACUGUUCCAAUUUACGGUCCGCUUAGCAUCAGAAUCGGAAGCCAGGUUCACAUCUGUAGAAAGGAUCAGGCAUUACAUAAUGAACUUGGAAUCCGAAGCACCAUCACAUAUUCCAGAGACAGCACCUCCCCCUGAUUGGCCUCAGGAAGGAAAAAUCCAGUUUGAGGAAGUUGAAAUGUGUUACCGUGAUACCUUACCAGUUGUGCUUAAGAAAGUUACAUUUACCAUUAAACCUCGGGAAAAAAUUGGAAUUGUAGGAAGAACAGGAUCGGGGAAGUCAUCCCUGGGAGUGACUUUAUUCAGACUGGUAGAAAUUUGCCAUGGUUCUAUUACAAUAGAUGGUGUGAAGAUUAGUGAUAUUGGAUUAGAUGACCUUAGAAAGAAGCUAUCCAUUAUUCCACAGGAGCCUGUGCUGUUUGUUGGGACAGUCAGGUCAAACCUUGAUCCCUACAACCAGUACACUGAUUUGCAAAUUUGGGAUGCAUUGGAAAGAGUUCACAUGAAAGAAAGUAUAACACAACUGAAUGAGAAACUCGACUUUGAAGUCACAGAAAAUGGAGAGAAUUUUUCUGUUGGAGAGAGGCAGUUACUAUGUGUAGCUCGAGCCCUGCUUCAACACAGCAAGAUUUUAUUGCUAGAUGAAGCCACAGCUGCCAUUGAUACAGAUACUGACAUGUUGAUUCAUAAAACCAUUCAGGAGGCUUUUUCUGAUUGUACAAUGCUGAUUGUAGCUCAUCGUCUUCACACAGUAUUGAACUGUGACAGGAUCAUGGUGCUAGAUCAAGGCGAGAUUGCUGAGUUUGACAGCCCUAGUGUCCUGCUCUCCAAUGAUAAUUCAAGAUUCCAUGCAAUGUUCAGCGCAGUGGAAAACAGGAUAAUAGCAUCACCAUCCAGCAGUUAAUCUUGUUGUUCAGCAAUCAAGUUGGAACUCUCCAGACCAUCACUGGCCUCACUGCAUAGUGCAACCUCACUAGAUAAGGAACUGAGGAAAAAAAAAUGGAGGACCCUUUGCAGAUGGAUAAAGUGAUUCCAAGUGAACUGUCACUCGUGCAUACUUUAUUUAUUAUACUUUACAGACACCACAAAAUAUCACAUAAUUUGACAGUGGUUAUGUCUUUUAAAGGGGGAAUAUCUAAUGAAAUAUGUUGGGAGUAAUUAGUGUAAGAGUGCUUUAGUGAAAUACUGCUCAAUACACUGCUUUUUGAGAAGGAACAGAUCUGUCUUAAUUUUAAACUAUAUGCCAAACAGCCUUGGAUUAUUUUUUAAAUUAAGUUCUUUGCUUAGGGCUUCCUUUAUAAAGAUGUGUCCAAAUUCAUUGUGCUUUGUUAAAAAGCUAAUCUUUGAAUAUUAAUGAGAAGGGAUGAAUUUUAAGUACUUACAGUUAAAACAAAGAUUCAGAAAUUAAAAGGUUCAGUGGAAAGUUGGACAUAUUCCAACCCAGAAACUCCUUUUGCUAAAAAUGAUUUUAAAAAUCCAUAAAAAUGACUUUCUUUCCCAUGUAAAGACUUUGACCAUUAUUGUUUUGCCAGAACCAGGAGCAUUUGUUCAGGACAAUUCUUUUGUCAACAUCAGCAAGAAUUCUGUUAUUUUCUACCUUCAGAUCACUUUGGACCCAUAUUACCUCCUCCAGAAAGGGAGUGUAAUGUUAAUUUUUUACAAAUUCCUUUAUUUAUGAGAAGCAGAUUCACUGUGUGUAAAAUAAAAUCCUGUGGGAAUGACAUUAUCCGAGACUAAGAUUCCAUAAUGUUCUUACUUGCAACAGAAACAAUAUUUCAUACUCCCACACCAUUCUUUAAAAUCAAAGUGCAUGCAACUCAACAGGGUUGUCCAAUUUGUGAUCCGUUGAAAGUUAUUUUUUGCAAUAUUGACACUGUAUGUGAAGCUGUACAAAGCUAGAACCAGGAGAGGGGUGAGUCACUAACUCUCAAAUCAGGUAGGUCCUUCAUAGUCAUAUAGUAUUGAAUACUGCUCUGACUGUCUUUCUUGAGGGAAAUAAAUGUCUAGCAAUGUCCUUAACCUAAAGGUUUCUGAAUCUAACUCCAAAGCAGAUUUUCACCAUAAGAAAGCUAUUUGAAAGAGCUGAUAAAGGAAUUGAAUCUAAUUGAGAACCUAGUUGUAUAAAACUUUGUUUGAUUCAAUAUUUGUUUAAGUGUUUGUUUCAAUAUGUAUAAGCCAUGGAGGAUGGGGGCAAGACUACUCAUUCGUAUCAAUCUGAUUAAUUGUACAUGGUACAUCAACACAUAUAUUGGUAAACAGCCAUAUUUUCUGACCACUAAUUUUAACAUUCAGAAAAUAUAAUCCUAAUGUCUACCAUUAUCAAAUGAUAAUAUCAAGAGUUCCUUAAAAUCUCUGCUUUGACGAUCAUAAACAAAGUUCUUGUUGCUCUGAAUAUGCUGACUGGUUCAAACAAUGGUUAUCCAGGGUCAAAAGAUGGGUAACUGACCAUUUAAGGAAUUUUCUUAUUUGUUACCAUUUUCACUGAAAAUAGCGAAGUAUCUUGAGAUGUUAAUAUAUUUGUAAAUGUAUUGAUAUCUAAGAAUGUUAUGUCAACAAUGCCAAAGACGUUACAAUCUGUGCGGCUGUCAGUACAAGCAGUGAUACUUCAAUAGUACCAAUCUCAUUACUUCUACAUAAUACAGUUUACUGUUGGGAAAUUUUCAGUGAAAAGCUUAAUGUUCAUUAUACGAAGAUUGGAAGAAAUACAACCAACCGUUUAAGUAUUUAGCAUUCUCCUUCACUGGAGAUUUAAGGAAAAUUCACAACACAGCUAUUACUUGUAAAGACCUGAUCAAGGACAACUUAAUUAUAUAAACAGUUCCAACCUGCAGCAAUCUUUUCAAUGUAAAUAUUAGGAACAUUUUGUUGUACAUAGUAAGUAAUGUGGGUGGUUUAUUUUCUUCUGCUGCUCAUUGUUGAUUCAAAAGAAAUAAUGCACUAAUGAGUAUCCACCACAGAAGGUGAAAUAGUUAGUGGAACAAAAACUGUUGCAAAAUCGGUCAAGCUUAAAUAUGUUCCUUCAACUGUCAGAUUAUCUUAAUGAAUUAUUUUCUUGCUGUAUAAAGGUAGAGUGACUGAUUUGUGUAACUAUAUCACAAUGUCCUACCAGUUUUUAAACUGACCACUUUGUUUAAAGGCAUUUUAAGGAUCUUGGAAUUUCUGCAGCGUUUUCCUAACCUACUAAAGUUACUUUGCCAGAUUCCUUGGUAAAACUAUAUAAAUGGCAGAAAAUAGCCAAUUCCACAUUCUUUGCUGAUACUCUGACAAAGUUAAGAUGGGAAAUUAGAAAGCCCAGUGGAAAUCCUCCCACAAAAUGUUUCUCAUCUCCCUGUAUUUUACCUUGGGGCAUGUCAGCAUUGCUGUCUUUUUUCCAUAUACUGUUCCAAAAUACUCCCUAUACACAUGUUUCUUUGACAUUAAAAACUAAUCACAAAUUCUUUCAAUAUUCUAUCCCUGAAGCUCAAAACUAUAUCCUUACAUUGGCUCAAUUUUCCCUUCUUUGAAUAAACUGCAAGCUUAUAAAAAUCAAGCAAGGGCUAUCUAAAGUCUACUUCUCAAUUUAGCUCAUCUCACUUUUUUGUUUUCAGGCUUACUGGUGUCUUGAAAUGUAGGCUUUGGUUCUUCAUUCAAGGUUUUCAAUAAUUAAAGACAGGAGUGGCAUAUUGUCCCUUUAAAACAAGGGCAACAGGUGCUCCUUUACUACUUGAUCAAGUAAUUUUAAAUGUUGACAAGUCAUUAGGCAUUACUUGCUAAGUGCACUUUACUGUUUGAUCAGGUAAUUUAAAUAUGGACCUCAUUGGGGCAUUACUCGCAAAGUGUGCAACUCAUGGACAAGAAGUGGUUAUGUUGUUUAUGUGAAUAUUUGCAUGAUUGUGUACUAACUUGGUGUAUACCACCAAAAUACAUUACUAUAUUGACAGUGUUUCUAGUGAAUACUACUACUACAAAUUCCUUUUACUUAGAUUUGUCAGAGAUCUUCAGUGUAUGAGUUUGCUGUAAAGAUGUGGAAAAAAGAGGUAUGUAUGUACCAGAAUGCAAGAUUGAAAGGUUUUGUCAUUUUUCUGUUUCGAGCCAGACCAGCAGCACCUUGACUCAUUCUUUUACAAAUUUCUACAAAUUACUGUCUGUUUUGAAAAGAAUAGACAAGGAAAUUUCGAACCUGCCCACAACUCUGUUCAGAAAUCAGUCUGUGAAUAUGAUAAUGCAAUAAAAGACUUCACUGGAUUAAAAUAGGACUCGUAAAACAAUAAAAGUAUUUUUGUAAUCUAAUGG